AUGACCAAGUACAUUGUUGUGAGCGGAGGAGUUGUCAGCGGGAUUGGGAAGGGAGUCAUUGCCUCAUCUACCGGGUUGCUUCUGAAAACCACUGGCCUAAAGGUCACCUCCAUCAAAAUCGAUCCGUACAUGAACAUUGACGCGGGAACGAUGCGUCCUACUGAGCAUGGCGAAGUGUACGUUCUCAACGACGGUGGUGAAGUCGAUCUCGAUCUAGGCAACUACGAACGAUACCUCAAUGUCACCCUAUCUCGCGACAACAACAUCACGACUGGCAAGAUAUACUCAGAAGUAAUCGAGAAAGAGAGAAAAGGCGCGUACUUGGGGAGAACUGUGCAAAUUGUCCCGCAUGUCACCACUGAGAUCCAAGAUUGGAUCGAACGUGUCGCCAAAGUGCCCGUGGACGAGACGGGCUUGCCCCCUGACGUGUGCAUCGUGGAGCUGGGAGGAACGGUUGGCGAUAUCGAAAGCGCACCCUUCGUCGAGGCGAUGAGGCAAUUUCAAUUCAGAGUCGGGCACGACAAUUUUGCUUUGAUCCACGUCUCACUCGUGCCGGACAUGCAUGGCGAGCAGAAAACGAAGCCCACACAAACGACUGUUCAUUCUCUGAGAGGCCUGGGGCUUCUACCUGAUCUUAUCGCGUGUCGUCUCCUGGUCCCUCAACCCCUUUCUCCUGCGACCAAGGACAAGAUUAGCAUGUUCUGUCACGUCACUUCGAAGCAAGUCUUCGGUGUACAUGACGUGUCUUCCGUGUAUCACGUCCCUUUGCUCCUCGAGUCCCAAGGAAUCAUCGAGUACCUCACCCAUCGCCUCAAGCUUGAUGACAUCCACAUCACGGAUGAGAUGCUUGAGAACGGGAGGUGCCUUGGUGUCAGGUGGAAGGAAAUGACUUCUGCCCAGGAGCGUUUGUUCGACACUGUUCGAAUCGCUCUUGUAGGCAAGUACACAGACUUGAAAGAUUCGUAUAUGAGCGUAAUCAAGGCUCUCGAGCACUCUGCGUUCAGAGUACAUCGGAAAUUGACUAUCGAUUGGGUGGAAUCUUCUGAUUUGGAGCCCGAGACGCAAGAAACCAACCCUAAACAGUACCAUGACGCGUGGAGAGCAGUAGUUGGUGCUGGCGGCAUCCUCGUACCAGGCGGCUUCGGUACUCGCGGAACAGAAGGCAUGAUGUUAGCCAUCAAAUACUCCCGAGAACAGAAGAUCCCCUUCCUCGGUAUUUGCCUGGGUUUCCAACUUGCAGUCGUAGAGUGGGCGAGGAACGUUUUGAACUUACAAGGCGCCACUUCGUCUGAGUUCGUCCCGACGGCGGAGCACCCCGUCAUCGUUUUCAUGCCCGAAAUCUCCAAAACGCACAUGGGUGGGACUAUGCGUCUAGGCCUCCGACCAACUAUCUUCCAGGAUGGCACCGAAUAUCACGCUCCCCCUACUCCUUCCACUCCUUCGCCCUCAUCCUCCACCUCCUCGCUCACGUCUCCUCGUUUCUCCACGUCAAAACCACCGGUGCCCUCGAUCCCCGUGAAGCCAUACUCCAAGACACGGCGGCUGUAUGGUGGCAAGGCAACUAUCUGGGAACGUCAUCGCCAUCGAUAUGAAGUGAACCCCAAGUAUGUCGCGCAGCUGGAGAGCGUGCCCAACGGGAUCAGGUUCACAGGUAAGGAUGAAAAGGGGGAGCGAAUGCAAGUUAUGGAGUUGUUCGAUCAUCCUUACUUCGUUGGUCUCCAGGCUCAUCCGGAAUUCUGCACCCGUCCACUAAACCCGUCUCCGCCUUUCCUUGGUUUUAUCGCUGCCGCGUGUGGACAGGAUGUUCUAGAGGCCGAGAUGGAGCGACAGGAGACCGCGUUCAAGCCGCCUCACCCAGCGCAUGCCAUGGUCAGCGAGACACAACUCCGAGAAGGAUCGAACGAACAUGCUGUUGAUGGUCGCGGCGAGAUGUAA